GAAACCUCCGCCACCGCCUCGAGUCGAUGGCAGUGCAAUGCAUAUCUACAACAUAUGCAUGCUAAUGCAGCGGCACAACAGAAAAAAAGCAACUUGCCAGUAAAAAGUGUGUGAUGGUUUAGGUAGUCACUAUUUCGUAUCUGUAAAAAGCUGCAGACUAAGAGACACCAAGAGGCGGUGCCUAUGCCGGUACCAUGUUCUUCGUCCCAUGUACAUCUUUUGCCCCCUUCGCUCGCUUCAUCUUCUUCUACCUCGACACCCCCAGGCUUCUCUCUCAUUCGGUUUCCCAUCUUGGCGACACAUGGCUUGAAGUGGAGCGGUCAAAGGGCUUGCUUGCUAGUUGCCUACGCCAGGCGCCAAUGCUCCUCGCCCAGAGGAGAGGCCCCCAAACUUCGUCUGUGCAACACCGGAUUGCUGGGUAAAUCAUCCGCGCCCCCGUGCGAGAAGCCACAGCGCAAGCAUGCCUCGCGCCAGGUCAGAUGCGGCAAUGGCUGAAAAGCACCUGGCGACAGCCGGAUGGGAUGGCAUUGGGAUGAGAUAUGAUGGGAUAGGAUUGCAGCCCUCCGACACUAUUGUCGCAUCCCGCCCCC